AUGCCGCCCCGCCGCAGAUCCAGCCCUGUCCCUACUCCCGUCGCCGAUUCCACCCCGCCUGGACCGUCGCCCGCCGUCGUACGGGUGGAUCGGGCCGUCGCCGCACCGCGCCGCCCCGGCCCCGUCCGCCUCCGCUCCAGCCGCCUCCGCCCCGCCACGGACCUGUCCGCCUUAGCCCCGCCCCAACCCUGUCCGCCUCCGCCCCGCUCCGGCCUCCGCCUGCCCCCGCCCGCACCGCUCGCCGCCGCCCGCCCUUGCCGGCACUGCAUGCCGCCGGCCCGCUCCGUCCGCCUCUGCCCCAUGCUGCACGCCGCCGCCCGCUCCUCACUCGGCCGCCGCCCCAACCUCUCUCCAUCUGCCGCCGUCCCGACUCGCUCCGGCCGCCGCCGCCACCCGAUGGCGCCGAAGAAGACUCAUAACCCACAAGUAUAG